AAGCCACUGGGCGUGUUUUAGCUGAGCUUGUGCAGAGCUGCCUGAUGUCUGCGAGUCUCUGACACUUCCUGAAUUUCUUAGGCACAGAUUUCCCUGAAGAGUCUUUCCCUGUUGCCGGUUUUCUGUGGUCCCUAUACAUGGCUAUGCACCCCUCACCUUCUGUGUGACACAGUUCUGUCUCCUUUAUUUACCUGUCUUUGUACAUAAACACAGUCGCAUCAGCUACAUGUCUGAAUCCGAGCCCCAGUGCACAAUGACCGAGGUCUGCGACCCACAACAUGCUGCAAAGCUACUCCGGGCUCUCGGUUCGUUCAGGGGGGAGUCCGGCUUCUGCGAUGCACUUCUGGUUCUGGAGGGGCAGGAGAUCCCCGCACAAAGGAAUAUACUGGCAGCAGCCAGUCCGUACAUUCGCGCAAAGCUCAACUACAACCCCCCAAAGAAUGAUGGCUCCAUUUAUCGGAUUGAAUUGGAAGGCAUAUCUGUGGACAUUAUGAAAGAAAUCCUGGACUAUCUCUUCAGUGGGCAGAUCAGGCUAAGUGAAGAGACUAUCCAAGAUGUGGUUCAGGCAGCAGAUCUCUUACUUCUUACUGACCUCAAAACUUUGUGCUGUGAGUUUCUGGAGGGCUGUAUCACUGCUGAGAACUGCAUUGGCAUCCGUGACUUUGCUCUGCAUUACUGCCUGAACCAUGUGCAUUAUGUGGCUACAGAAUUUCUGGAGACACACUUCAGAGAUGUCAGCGGCACAGAGGAGUUUCUGGAGCUGGGUCCAACAAAAGUCAAGGAAGUGCUGUCUUUAGAAAAACUCAAUGUGGGAAAUGAAAAAUAUGUCUUUGAAGCCGUACUUCGAUGGCUAUCCCAUGAUUUGGAAGCAAGAAAAGUUCACAUGAAAGAUGUGAGCUCUGCUUUAUGGGUCUCUGGUCUGGACUCCUGUUAUCUGCGAGAGAAAAUGCUUAUUGAGCCUUUGGUCCGAGAGAUGGUCAGAGAGUGUAGCAACAUCCCUCUUAGCCAGCCUCAGCAAGGAGAGGCAGUUCUGGCUUCCUUUAAACCGAGGGGCUACUCUGAGUGCAUUGUCACAGUUGGUGGCGAGGAGCGAACAACCCGUAAGCCACUAGCUGCAGUGCGAUGUAUGUGUCCUCUUUAUGAUCCUAAUCGACAGCUAUGGAUUGAACUAGCACCACUUAGCACACCAAGAAUAAACCAUGGCGUUCUUUCUGCAGAGGGAUUCCUGUUUGUACUUGGAGGUCAAAAUGAAGACAAUGAAACAUUGGACACUGGAGAACAAUAUGAUCCUGAUGCCAAUGCUUGGAGUACACUACCUCCAAUGCUUGAGGAUAGGCAUAGUUUUGGCGUGGUGGAGAUAGACGGUGUAAUCUAUGUACUUGGAGGAGAAAAUGGGGACUGUGAGCUACUCUCUAUGGAAUCAUAUGAUACAUGCACAAAAUCAUGGAGUAUGCAGAAAAACAUGACCAUGGUUAGAAAGAUCGGCUGCUAUGCAGCAAUGAAAAAGAAAAUAUAUGCAAUGGGAGGCGGCUCCUAUGGAAAACUCUUUGAAUCAGUUGAAUGCUAUGACCCCAAAACUCAGCAGUGGACUGCAAUAUGCCCCUUGAAAGAAAGGAGGUUUGGCGCUGUCGCAUGUGGUGUUGGCAUGGAGCUGUAUGUCUUUGGUGGGGUUAGGAGUCGGGAAAAUGAAACUCAGAACAGUGACAUGGUGGCUUGCAAAUCUGAAUUCUAUCAUGAUGACUUUAAACGGUGGAUAUACCUGAAUGAUCAGAAUUUAUGUAUCCCAACAAGUUCGUCAUUCGUGUAUGGGGCAGUGCCGAUUGGAGCCAGUAUUUAUGUUAUAGGCGAUCUUGAUACAGGUACAAGUUAUGACUAUGUAAGAGAAUUUAAGAGGAGCACUGGUACCUGGAACCAUGUAAAGCCAUUAUUUCCUUCAGAUCUCCGCCGCACAGGCUGCGCAGCACUGCGCAUAGCAAACUGCCGUCUCUUCCGACUGCAGCUACAGCAAGGACUGUUCCGCAUCCGUGUCCCUACUUCCUGAGUCCUUGAUUUAGCUGAAGGCUUCAAGUAACACGUGAAAAGCAAAACACUCCACUUUGUACAAUAGAACUGAGGCAUCUGUCCUGUUGCAGCCAAACUGCAGCUGGUACACAGAGCUUGGGUAGGAAACUCUAUUUACAUUCAAAUGUUGCAAAUUCAGCUAAGGGGAAAAUUAUAUAGUAAUUAAAUACACAUGCAAAGAUGGAUUAAAGUGUCAGUUGGUGAAAAAAACAAAAAUAUAUUCAAUUGCUUUGUGCUUAAUGGGACCUGGUUUUUAGUACUUGAGCAUGGUGCAAUGCACUUACCUGGCUAGCUUUAAUAUGCAAAACAAACAAACAAAAUGUUCUUUAAAAUAAGCGACAAUCUUGUUGCAUAACGAAAAUGUAUCUAAGAUUACCUCAUUGCUAAGAGUAGCAUCUUCAUCUUUGCUAAACACUAAUCUGUCCAUUCCUUAAAGGACAUUAUGUUCGGAUAAUACCAUGUAUUUAUUUUGUGCCUUCAAACCUUGCACAGGAUAGUUUACAAUUUUUUUUCUGUUGGUAUGGUUAUUUUUAAUAGUUUUUAAAGUUUUUAUGUUGGUACAGUUAUUUUUAAUAGUAACUAACAUUUUGGGGAUUUUAGUCUCGAUAUUGGGAUGGGAAAAUAUUUUCAAACUGCAUAACGUAAAAAGCUGCCAUAAAAAACGUAUACCAUCCACUGUAUAGGUAUUAUUGAGAGCUUUCAUGUAUAGCAUGAGGUUGAAAAGGUGUUGGGAGCAAUUUAGACUUUUACUAAGGUAUCAAAAAUACAUUAGAAACACAAAUGUUUUCACAUAUGUUUUUCACAUAUGUUUUUCACAUCAAACCAGAAAAAUGGUAAUUGGCAACUUUGGACAAGGCCUCCCAGGAACCAACAAUUACAGUGAGACAGUGCCAAAUGAUAUAGAUCGUAUAUAGGCCUAAAGGGAGCUUUCCUAGAAUGGGGCCCACUAGGAGGUCCUCUAGUACUAUGUGAGAUCAGUCCGACCCGGUUUCUAAUCACUUCUUAUACAUUCCACUGUGAUAGGAAAGUUUUUUAAGCAACCAUAAAAUGAUUAAUUUGAUCAUUAGGGGAAAAUAAAUCAGAAAAGAUCAUAUAUAGUCUAACACUACAGGAACUCAGUCAGGGAACCAGAAUAUUAUCAUCACCUUAUCAGUCAUUCAUUUUAUACUGUUAAAUGUGGACGUCAUAUCAAAAUAUUACAAAUUAAAAUAACUAUUUUCUAGCAGUUUGCUGAAUUAAAAUGAACAAGUAGGUCUUUCUUGAGAUCAUAUCUUCUAUAAUUCAGUUUUGCCAGUUUUUUGAUUUUUUUUGCUUAAUAUG